AUGACUAGUAAAGUUGAAUUGGUUCCAAUCUCGGAAGGUAAUCGUGUAACAGUAAAAGAAAAUGACAAAAUCAUUAUUGGACGUGGAUCAUCAUUAGGUUGUAAUGAUAAAAAAAUUUCUCGUCAACAUGCUGAAUUAUUACUUAAGAAAGAUCAAACACUUUGGAUUAAACCAACACAUAGUAAUCCAGUAUUUUAUCGACCUUUAAAUUGUAAAACAAUUCAUUUAACAAAAGAUAUUGAACAAGAAUUAAAAGAUGGUGAUCAAAUUGGUUUAUUACCAACAACGUUUUUCUUUCGUAUCAGUUUCUCUACGGAUACGAACAAUAAUAAAGAUGCAACAUCAUCUAAAUGUAUAGAUAAUCAUAUCAGUAUUGACACAAGUAAAAGAUUAACAACAGAUGUUGAUAAUGUUACUACUUCAUCUUCUAUAAAAGAUCAAGAGGAGUCUCAAUCUGAAAAUUCAAAUAAACUAUUACGUAAACUACCAGCAUGGAUGUCUCCAUCAACUUCUUCUCCUCGUUCAGAUAAUACGAAACGACAAUUAAGUUUAGACGAAGAUACUAAUGAACCAACUACAGAAACUUUUGAUUCUGUUACACCGAAAAAAAGUUUCGAUUUAGUUAAAUCAAAUAAUAAACCUCGUCCACCUUGUCAAUAUGGUGCAUCAUGUUAUCGAAAAAAUCAAUUGCAUCGAACUGAAGAAUCACAUCCAGGUGAUUCUGAUUAUGAAGAUGAAAAAGAAAAAGAAACUAAAGAUGAUGAUAAUAAAGAUACUACUAGUAGUGAUACGGAUAAACCUCAAUGUCCAUAUGGUAAAACUUGUUAUCGACAAAAUGCUCAGCAUAAACGUGAUUAUAAACAUUAG